AUGAAAUACUACUUGGAGUACAUGUGCACUUGGUUUGAUCUCUGCGAUUGCCGUAGCCAUUUCGCCAACAUUGUGCCCUAUAGGGCGGCCAAUAGCCCGACACUUCUCAACGCCAUCUUCGCCUUGUCAUCGAGACAUCUUAGUCUAAACGGGGGAUAUGACCCAUAUGCAUCCGACCGAUACCAUCAAGAAUGCCUCAAACACCUGUCUACCAUAUCUGGGGACUCGACAGACCUCGCAAACGACGAUUUACUAGCUGCGACCAUUCUCCUCCGCACGUUAGAGGAACUCGAUGUUCCACUCCUUGGUACCGACCUUGAGGGCCAUCUUCUUGGGAUACAACUGUUCAUGAAUACACCAAACUCAACCUCGCCUCCAAGCAGCCUUCGGCAGGCGUCAUUUUGGAUUGGCCUGAGACAAGAAAUAACAAUGAGUUCCGCUACGCAAAGACCAGUCAAGAUCAAGCUUGACCAUGCCUUCAUCGACCGGUCCUUUUCCCCAGCCGACGACGAUACCUGGGCGAACCGCAUCAUCGUACAUUGCGCAGAAGUCAUGAAUUAUUGCUUUGGAAACGGAGAUCGCAGCAUGGCAGAAUAUCAAGCGCUCGAGGACUAUGACCAAGGCUGGCUAAGGGCUCGGCCGGUGUCAUGGCUGCCGAUAGCCUACAGCGAACCACUUGAAUCGCAUCAUGAAGUGUUUCCCAACAUCUUAUAUGUUUGCCAUGCCGUCGUAAUUGGUAUUGCUCACGGUAUCUAUGCGCGUCUGCUACUCAUGUGUCAUGACGACCGUGGUCCGCGGGUAGGACCAUCAGCGCGGAUCUCCCGAAAAAGAAUUGAUGAUAAUAUACGGAUGCAGUUGCGAGAACUAUGCGGAAUAGCUCUGUCGAAUGUCGCCACGAGACCGGCCAUGUUUACAGCUUGCAUGGGCGUUACUGCCUGUGGUGAUCGGUUUACUGAUAAAAAGGAUCAAGAUGCGCUUCUUAAUGUGUUGAUACUAACCGAGACGAAGCAUUCCUGGCCCACGGCAGCAGCGCAGGCACAUUUGAAAAGAGCAUGGGGCUGGGAGGAAUUAUGA